GGUUUUUAUUGAGGACUGUGAAGGGACAGGAUUAUGUGGUAGAAAGGCCUCCUAAGGACUCCAACUGUGUUGACACCUUACUUUACGGCCCAGUUUGCUUAUGCAGCGAGUACAGUAAACCAAAAUAUGGGUUUUGUAUUCCUCAACUUUCCAAGUCGACUGGUUAUAGACUCAUUCAAAGUGGGCAUACAGCACUUGUUAAAUCAGAUAAUCCAUGUGUAUCCAAUCCUAAUAUCUGCAAUAGUGGAAAAUGUAUGCAAGAACAAAGUGAGGAUAAGCCAAACUUCAACUUUAUUUGUGCAUGUCCAAUCGGAAAAACUGGCAAGCUUUGUCAGAGAGGUAUCAACCAAUACUGUUUGUUGUAUUAUAUUGUUCGAGGUAGCCGUCUGAGUGAAGGAAUUGAUGAUUAUCCUUUUUAUUGUCUUCUUAAAUCAUUAGCUUCCUCAGAAGAGAAGGAUGAAUAUUCAGGGUCAAGUGGGUAUUCCAGUUCUAAUAGCAAGACAAAAGGUGGAUAUUCAGGGUCAAGUGGGUAUUCCAGUUCUAAUAGCGAGACAAAAGAGGGAUAUUCAGGGACAGGUAAAGAAACGGGAGAAUAUACGGAAAAGACAACGGAAGGAUAUACGGAAAAGACAAAAAGCAAAGAACCCAGUGCAGACUUGAAUUCCAAUUGGAGGAAAGAAACAAAGAGUUCUCAAUCGACAAAUAGUAAAGACACGUAUACAAAACAGAGUAAGGAACAAGAUAUGGCGAAGAAAAAGGUUGAAAGUACUGGGAAUAAAAAUAAGGCCCCACCUCCGAAAUAUAAUGAUCCAGACUCGAAGCAAAAACACCCGUGCUCAUCAAAUCCUUGUAUGAACAAUGGAACCUGUAUACGUGAGUCCGGUGAUAGCUUCACUUGCGUAUGUCCAUUACUUUAUAAAGGAAGUACUUGUGACGAAAAGGUAUUGAAGAUGAACUUUAAACUGUCUAAAAAGGACAAAGCAGCUGCAGGGCCCAUUGUCGUCAUAGUUGUAUUGGCAAUCGUUAAACUUUGCUGUUGCCUACACUGUUUUAGAGUUUCAUCAAAAAGGAAAGAAUUAAAGAAUAAAUAUGACAAAGUUGUUAAGAAGGGAGAAAAACCGACUGCAGAGUUACCUGGCUGUUGUGCUGUUAGCUAUGAUGUUUUCAAACAAACAUUUUGUUGCGCUUCUUCAUCACUUCCAAAAUCAUUUGCACCAAAGAAAAACAAAAAGAACAAAAAAGAGAAGGAAAAGGAAACCGAAGGAAAGCCUAAGGAUGCUGAUGCCAAAAAAGCAACUGGCGGAGACAAAAAAGGAAAAAAUAAUAAUCGAAACCAGAAUUUUCCUUUUAUGACUCAAAAGUUCAGCAGACAACUUAGAUUUAAUAAGCAAGUGAACGUAGGCAACAGAGCCCAGGGAGAUGUUUUGAACAGAACAACCAACAAUAUGCGUAAACAUUUCUUUUUCUCGGAAAAGUUGAAUGAAAAAGAUAAUCAUCCAAAAGAUGUUAAAAAGACAAGAAAUCAAUUUGUGAAGGAAUAUUUGAAAUAUCACCAUAAACACUUCUGGUCGAAACGUCCUAAAGUAAGGUGCCAACCAAAGGCGAUACUUCUUCCGAGUAUUGGUCCUAAAAUAAGAUGCCAACCAAAUGAGACAAUUGUUCCAAAUAUUGGUCCUAAAGUAAGAAUCCAACCAAAUGAGGUGAUAAUGUCAGGUUUCAGUCCUUUAAGGAACAUACCAAACAUAGUAGAAAGCAGACAACAACUUGAACAAUUAAGGUUUUUAGAUGAUACUAACAUAGACAAAGUUCGAUCUGAAAAUCAUCAGCAAAAGCACCGACGGUCCAAAUCAACAAUAAGAUAAAAAAAAAGUCGUUGGUGUUAGUUGUGAUUUGAAGUUGUGAAAACGUUAAACCUUUUUGUACAAAAUACUAAAGUAGAUCCUGAUUACCUUAUUUUGAAUACAAAUGUAUUGUAACUCUGUUCUAUGAAAAGAUAUGUUUCUUAAUAAAGUAUAGAAUAUGUCCAUACCUUAUUAACGUUUGACAAUUUUAAGAAUGUGCUAAAAUCUUUAAACAUGGUUUCUUUAUCCGACUUUAUUGUAGUUUAUUUGUGCCUCAUAAUCAGUAUUUAAAAACAAAUUGUAUGACUUUUCACAAACAGUUUUACAUUUUUAAAAAUUUAAAACCUUUAAUUCUCUUAUUGUUUUUUGACAAUAACGAUAAGGAACUUAUAUUUAAGCCAUAUUUAAUUUUUACUUAUCAGUUGUAAUAAAUUACUAAUAAAUUGCAAUUAUGUAAAACAUUUACUGAGUCAAGAUCAUGAAUUAUUGUUUUUACCAAAAUUAUGUCAUGUCAUGUAUAUACAUGUAUAACAAAAUUUGUGUUAUUUAUUUUGCAUAAAAAACGUGUUGUUAUUUAUUUGACCACAUAUUUAUCAUUUUAUUGUUGUUAAUUAUUUAAGUAUGUUAUAAAUUUGAAAUGAAUUAUUGAUUAAAU